AAAGCAGCAGGCGCCUGUGCCCGCUCCACCUCUCAAGCAGCGCCUGCCUGAGUCUGUUCUGCCCUCUCCCCUCCCAGUCCACCACCACCAUGACACCAGGCACCCAGUCUCCUUUCUUCCUGCUCCUGAUCCUCACAGUGCUUACAGCUGCCACAGCCCCUGAACCCACAACAGUUGUUACAGGUUCUGGUCAUACAAACUCUAUCCCAGGCGGAGAAAAGGAGACUUCGGCUACCCAAAGAAGUUCAAUGCCCAUCUCUACUAAGAAUGCUGUGAGUAUGACCAGCAGACUCUCCAGCCACAGCCCCGUUUCAGGCUCCUCCACCACUCAGGGACAGGACGUCACCCCAGCCCUGGCCAUGAAACCAGCCACAGGUUCGGCUACCACCUUGGGACACGAUGUCACCUCGGCCCCGGACACCAGUGCAGCCCCGGGCUCCACCGGCCCCCCAGCCCACGACGUCACCUCGGCCCCGGACACCAGUGCAGCCCCGGGCUCCACCGGCCCCCCAGCCCACGACGUCACCUCGGCCCCGGACACCAGUGCAGCCCCGGGCUCCACCGCCCCCCCAGCCCACGACGUCACCUCGGCCCCGGACACCAGUGCAGCCCCGGGCUCCGCCGCACCCCCAGCCCACGAUGUCACCUCUGCCGCCCCCCCAGCCCACGAUGUCACCUCGGCCCCGGACACCAGUGCAGCCCCGGGCUCUGCCACCCCCCCAGCCCACGAUGUCACCUCGGCCCCGGACAUCAGUGCAGCCCCGGGCUCCGCCGCACCCCCAGCCCACGAUGUCACCUCGGCCUCAGACUCUGCAUCAGGCUCAGCUUCCACUCUGGUGCACAGCACCACCUCUGCCAGGGCUACCACCACCCCAGCCAGCAAGAGCACUCCAUUCUCAAUUCCCAGCCACCACUCUGAUACUCCUACCACCCUUGCCAGCCACAGCACCAAGACUGAUGCCAGUAGCACUCACCAUAGCACAGUACCUCCUCUCACCUCCUCCAAUCACAGCACUUCUCCCCAGUUGUCUCUUGGGGUCUCUUUCUUUUUCUUGUCUUUUCACAUUUCAAACCUUCAGUUUAAUUCCUCUCUGGAAGAUCCCAGCACCAACUACUACCAACAGCUGCAGAGAGACAUUUCUGAAUUGUUUUUGCAGAUUUAUAAACAAGGGGAUUUUCUGGGCCUCUCCAAUAUUAUGUUCAGGCCAGGAUCUGUGGUGGUACAAUCGACUCUGGUCUUCCGAGAAGGUACCACCAAUGUCCACGAUGUGGAGACACAGUUCAAUCAGCGUAAAACGGAAGCAGCCUCUCGAUAUAACCUGACGAUCUCAGACAUCAGCGUGCGUGAUGUGCCAUUUCCUUUCUCUGCCCAAACUGGGGCUGGGGUGCCAGGCUGGGGCGUUGCGCUCCUGGUGCUGGUCUGUGUUCUGGUUGUGCUGGCCAUCGUCUAUUUCAUUGCCUUGGCUGUCUGUCAGUGCCGCCAAAAGAACUACAGGCAGCUGGACAUGUUUCCCGCCCGGGAUGCCUACCAUCCUAUGAGCGAGUACCCCACCUACCACACCCAUGGGCGCUAUGUGCCCGCUGGUGGUACCAAUCGUAGCCCCUAUGAGGAGGUUUCUGCAGGUAAUGGUGGCAGCAGCCUCUCUUACACAAACCCAGCAGUGGCAGCCACUUCUGCCAACUUGUAGGGGCACGUCGCCUACUGAGCUGAGUGGCCAGCCAGUGCCAGUCCACCCCACUCAGGUUCUUCAGGGCCAGAGCCCCUGCACCCUGUUUUGGGCUGGUGAGCUGGGAGUUCAGGUGGGCUGCGCACAGCCUUCCUCAGAGGCCCCACCAAGUUCUCGGAACCUUCUCGGUCUGUGGAAGCUCAUGGGGGCCCUUGAGGGCUUAUGCCUGGGAAGUGUUGCAGUGGGGCUCCCAGGAGGACUGGCCCAGAGAGCCCGGAGAUAGCAGGGGACCUGAACAGGACUGAAUAAAACGUGGCCUCCCGCUGCGCCAA